GAUUAACAAACAAAAACAAAAUGCUGGUCUUCAGCUUCAAAGUUAAAUUUAAAAAAAAUAAAUCAUAUCGGGUUAUUUGGUUAUUGCCACUGUGCCGGAAACAGAACGAUGAGUCUCGCUGCCAUGGAAACGCUGACCAAUAAACAACACCUCCAGAUGUGGUUUCUGUGAGAGGCGGGGUCUAUUGGACAUCUAGAACCCCCCCCCCCCCCUCAGCACCUCCUCUGGCCCUCAGUUACAUCUCCUGCAUGUCUAUAUCUCUGGAGUGUUAUGUGUGCAUAUUUUCUCUUGUCCUGUGCACGUUACAUCUGUGACAUGGUGAGUGAUCUCAGAGCGUCGCGCACGUGUCACUCUUUACAUUUAGAGUUCAUGCAGUGUCGUUGAGCCGGGUUAACCACACGCAGACAUGGAGGGCUGGGGAGGGGGGGGGGGGGGCGUCAGCUCGACAGUUUCACAUGAAAACUGAAAGUGCAUUACAUGGCUGUGGCGUGUGCAGCAGACAGAUCACACGCGGCACGACGGUUAAAAUAUUGAGAAUAUUCUGCAAAAUUAGGCGGGAACCUUCUCGAGGAUGUGUUUCUGAGGAGCAUGUGAGCUUCCUAUUUUGUCUUCUUUUUUUCUUUUUUUUCUUGAGCAACAUCUUGCAGAAAGGAAGACGAUUGCAACAUGUGGAGAAAUGUGCAACUCGCGAAUAGAAGAGAGAGAAGAAAUACAAACUGACUGAGGCAGGCCGACACGCAUGAAGGCGUCAGCAGAUCCAUCUCUUCUUGUGCAUGCAGACGGUUACACGUGAACAUAAACGUGUCCGCAUGUCCGGGGCGCUCCGCGGUCCGGUCAACGGGACGACGGCCAUCCCGUGGAGGAGCAGGAGGAGCAGGCAGCUGUCGCUGCUGGAGCAGCUGAGGGGCUGCCAGGAGGCCUGGUGCCCCGCGGCCCCCUGGGACAGAGAGGGGGCCCACGCUGCUAUCUGUGGAACACCUGCUGGGAGUUUCCUGGUUGUGCGCGACUCUGCGACGUCUCGGCCCGGCCUGCUGUGUGUGUCCGCCGGAGGACGGAAUGGAGCGGUCCAUGACCACAGCAUCGAGAGCACAGGCACAGUGCUCCGGCUGUCCGGGUCGCGUCUGUCUUUCUCCGACUUGGCUCAGCUCGUGCUCUUCUACUCUCUGACCAGAGACGUGAUCUCCGUCUGUCUCUCCGUUCCUCGUUGGCUCCGCGGCGUCACGGAGAACCCCGACCCUGGACUCCACCCAGAUACUUGGCUCCACACGCCGACCGACCAACCCGCUGAGGAAAUGACCUGGAGGGAGCCGGGCGAAGUGAUGUGCUCCUUACAGCUGACUUCCAGCAGCGGCGCCCUGUGCGUCAUCAACCCGCUCUACCUCCACGAGCACGGGGACGAGUGGCUGCCCCGCCGCGCCGCGCCACCGGCCAACUACAGCCGGGGGCGCCGCCUCAGCACCCCCCGACCGUGGGCGGGGGCGGGGCUACAGAGCAAACGCACCAGCUCGUUGGACCAGGAAGCCUCCGGCGCCGGCUCGGAGAGUUCUGGUCUGACCAGAGCCACGUCUGCUGAUUCAGCGAAUUACCCACCCACCCCGUCACCUCCAGGAGGCGUGGUUCUCAGGAGGCCCAGCAGAGACGCGGACUGCGGCCCUCUUUACGGACCUCCGUCUCCUCCCUCCGCCCCCGUCGGUUUAAAUUCGGCGUUUGAGCUGCAGAGCCACGGCGGCCCGCCGCCUCAGUCCCCUCACCGGGUGUCCUGGAUCGAGGACGGCGUCUGGCUGCCUCCGCCCAGACCUCCCCCUUCGCUCCACCCGCCGUCCCUGGAGCUGGACUCGCUGUCCAUCAGCAGCGUGGAGGAGGAGCAGGACGCCCAGGCGGCGAGCCCCGCGCCGCCGCUCCACCCGUGCGCUCUGCGCCUGGCCGACAAGGUCAUCCACCGGCUGUCGGCGGUGGGCCAGGCCCUCGGCGGCCUGGUGAGCCAGAGGAAGAGACUGACCAAUCGCGUGCAGGAGCUGAGCGAGCGGAAGGGCGCGGCGUUCGCCGACGCCGUGAGAGGAUUCGUGGAGACGGCGCUGAGGAAAGGGGCCGAUCCCGGCGGGGUCGCGCCGGGGUCGGAGUUCCUCCAGGAGGUGAGGUCGGCGCUCUCGGCGCUCAAGGAGACGCUGCUGGACUACCAAGAAAUCCAGGCGUUGCUGGACAGCAUCGCCGACAUUAACGACUUGGAGAUCGACUCCCUGGUGGAGCUUUCCCUCCACAAGGUGGCGCUGAAGCCCGUCGCCGAACACCUGUACGCCCGCAUUCGCGCGUCGCGGACCGACGACGGCAGCUUCGAGCGUCUCCAGAGGAACAUGCGCUCGCUGGAGAAGAACGGCGUGGAGGAGCUCGGCGGGUCGGCGGGGGUCGGAGUGCCCGACGCCGUCGUCCUGGAGCGGAUCCAGCAGAGGUGGAGCGGCAUGCACGAGGCCUACUCCCCGAACAAGAAGGUCCGGGUGCUCCUCAAAGUCUGCAAGAUCAUCUAUCACAGCAUGAGCGCUAAUGCCAGCUCAGGCACAGCGUUCGGAGCCGAUGACUUCCUGCCCUGCCUCACAUGGGUGCUGCUCCGCAGUGACGUGGUCACCUUGCACCUGGACACGGACUACAUGAUGGAGCUGCUGGGCCCCACGCAGCUGCAGGGAGAAGGUGGCUACUACCUUACGACUCUAUACGCCUCCCUUUACUACAUCAGCAGCUUCCAGCCGCGGCUGGCCGCCCGUCAGCUCAGCAUCGAGGCCCAACACUCUCUCAACCAAUGGCAUCGCAGGAGGACGCUGCACUGCGACCAGUCGCGGCGCAGCGGGAACCGGCGGACCAUUCGCAGGCAGGUGUUCCGGGACAAGGGGUCGCCGGACGCCGGGACGGUCGCCGAGGGCGAAGGGGAAAGUGGCAAAGAAGACCAGUCUGUGAAGGGGGAGGAGUCAGAGCUGAGGGAGGAGGAGGAGACGGGCAGAGGGCGAGGACCUGAGUGGGAGUCGCAGAUGUCGUCUCCGGCGUCCGACCGCGGCCAGCGAGACGCGAAGACGAGCGAGCGGGAUGAGGGACGGACUCUGUGCACGGAAGGAGAAGAGCAUCACAGAUGAUCGUAGAGCGGCCACGCCAUGGGUCAAACCCCCUGGGAUCAAAACCACCGGCAUGUCGCGUCCUGCUGAGAUUACGGAUUAGUGUAGUUUAUAUAUAUAUAUUUUUUAAUGGGGUGUAUGAAGUACCCCCAAUAUAUAUAUAUAUAUACAUAUAUAUAAAUAUAUAUAAAUAUAUAUAUAUGUAUAUAUACAUAUAUAUAUAUAUAUGUAUAUAUAUAUAUAUUGGGGGUAGUUUAUACACCCGAGAAUUUCUUUAUUUAUAUAUAUAUAUAUUUAUAUAUACACCCAAUAUAUAUAUAUAUAUAAACUACCCCCCAAAUAUGCCAGUAUGACAUGUACUUUUCCACAUGUAGCCAUGCAUGGUUAAAUCUACUCUUCCCUGAGGUACUGUUGCUCUA